CAGUCCGUCUCGCUGCCGCGUUUAUGUCAACUGAUGAGUUGCCGCGGGCACGUUGGGACCAACAUUCUUUGUUUAUCUUUAGUCUGUUACAAGUUAGGAGCAAAGCUGGCAAAGCGCCGUUUGCAGCUAAAAAAUAAGAUGGCGGACCACGAUGAGCUUCUUCAAGCCCACAGGAACGAGAGAAGAGAGCUGCAAGGCCGAGCCGCCCCCCAACGGCCAACAACCGCCCAGUUCGAGGCGUGCUUCCGGCGCCUGCAGUCGGUGCCCUUCCCAGCCAACAACAUUGCGUCGCUGCACCUGCACGAGUUCCUGGCCGGCUGCGCGGGUCGCCAUGGCCUGGCCGAGGACGCCCUGCUCCUGAGCCUUGCCACGUGCGCCGCACACCUGAUGGCGCUUUCAGACUCGGCGCUGCACCUGUCAGCUGCCUGGCGUGAGCGCCCUGUGCUCUGGUCGGCUGUGCUCGUGCCGCGCGCCCACACCUGCCGCAACUUUGCCUGGACCCUCCAGGGGCUUCUCUGCCGUCUGCACGGCGAACUCUCGGCCCCCGGGCCACCUCCGCUCGUCGUAGAUGCCCUCGCGUCGCACGAGUUCCCCCGCCUUAUCAAGCGUGGCGGCCCCGUGGCCGGGAUGCACACAUCGCUGGAACCGGUACGGACACUGUACUCCGCCGUCGGAAGCUCCGUCUUCUCGCAGGUGGCGCUCGGCGUCCCCGUGCUAUCACCACCUCCAGCAGACGGGAAGAGCCAGAGCGUGGCGGACAUUCGAUACAACGUCUGUUGCGUCGCCGAGCCUGCGAGCUUCCAUGCGGCAGUCUCGCCGAAGCUCGGAGACGGUGGCUCGUUCGAGGAGUGCCUGUGGCCCGUCCUACUGCUCUGUUGUUGCCGCGAGAGGACGGUCGACCUCUCGACGCUCGACGACGCAGCCGACGACAAGCUUGAGCAGCUCCUCCGCACCAUCGCGAACGCCCACCGCCGUCCGGUGACUUACCGACUGUCCGCAGAUGCGAGAUCGGUGCUGCCGCAGAUCUUGGCCAAGUUCAAGAGGCUGUCGUCGACGUGGAACUGCAAGAUCGCGCUCUUCCGUGCUGCCUCGAGCCAGGUCCUCCGACUGGCCGUGGCGCUGUUUGUCCUGGACGGAUGCCUCAGCUACGCGGUGCGGUCGGAGACAAGGGAGUACGAGAUCCCGGCGGCGCACCUCUGGGAAGCCCACGACGUCGUGAUGCACUCGCUCCGGCUGAAGGCGGAGCUUCUGGAGCGACCUCUCCGCGACGAUGUCUUUGGCAGCUGCGUGAGGAGCAUCGCAGGGCACGGCGGAGCACAGCACAUGUCCAUCUCGGCGGACGGCACCAAUGGCGUCGACCUGGGCGUGGCGCAGGUAUUGCGGCUGCCGCAACACGAGAUGGACUACGACCGUGCGCCGGUGCAGCUUCCCCGCGAGAUCUCGGUGUCGCUCGUGCGAUCGCCGGCGCGUGACAGUCGCGAUAAUGACGGGCACGACAGCUUGCCUGCAGACAGUCUGGUCGCAUUAAGCAGCAUCGUGCCCGAGUCGGAAGAGGAGUUUGUGGACAAGUUCCGCUACAAGAUCAGGCGCCUGCUAAUCAGUGGCAAGGCACUGCUAACACCGACGCUGGUGGCACAGAUGAAGUAUGUGUCGGUGCCAGACGCCACAGGCAAGCCGCGCUAUCCAACCCAAGCAGCAGCCCUCUUCCUAGAGCGCGUGGCGGCGCUGGGCUUUGGCACCAUGCUGACGCGGCACGACAGCCACUCCAAGAAGCUGCUCUUCCGGAAGACGGAGCAUCCACAGCUGGGGCCCAGGCAACUCCAGCUGCUCCAGGGGCUUCGGGUCACGCGGGAGCAGUACACCCAGGGAUGCCAGCGGCACCAGGCCAUCCCCCACUGGGAGACGGGUGCAGGAUUGCGUGUCCACCUGGCACCUGUGGUCCCCGUGGCACCUGCUGCACCCACCCCAACUGUCAAGCAGCAGGUGGCGGGGAGCUCUGAGUGACGAAGAUCGAAGCUUCUAAGGUCCACCCGGCACCUGCAGUCUCUGGGGCACUUGCCUCGAGCAGGAGGUGUCAAGCCUCAGGUGACUCACCGAUGCAUGUUCCUGUGGGACGAAGAUAAAAGCUUCGAAGAGGUUACAAGAGGCUAACCAGAGGAGCUUGGUCCUGUUACGGUAUGGAUAGAAGGACUCCACAGCCUGUUGGGUCCCUUUGUGGUUAUGGCCCUUAGGACGGAAAUCAAAGCUUCCAAGAAGUCUCAGCUUGCUAACCGGAAGGGCCCAGUCUAAUGCGGUACAAGUAUAAGGAUACUUUGUCCUGCAAGGUCCCGUGUGGUCUUUCAGGUCGUGGCUCCUCAAGGGUGUGGUCUUUGAGGUCCUGAUGCCUCGAGGAUGUGACCCCCGGUGGUCCAUCCAUGUUUUCCAUCAAGAGUCGCCUGCUGCCUCUGCUCGGCAUCGAUGAUGUCGAUUGAAAUGCGUUUUGGGUGGUCCACAAAUAGUGCCUCCAGGUCACACAGAAGGCCAUCAACCUUUACAGACAUUUUCAACGGGUCGGCACUCCUCUACUCAAAGUGCUGUCCAAGUUCCUAUGCCCGAAUACUCUGCGAGUGGCUUUGGCGCUCUUUGAACCUCUGCUGUGGUCCAACGAGCACGUGAGCCUUUUCACGUGGAGCGAGAUCAAAGAGCGCGAUGUUGUGCCGUUUUCGGGCGUUUAUCGUCGUCGUCUUUUCUUUACGCUCCAGUCGUAUGAUGCUCUUUUGAAUACAUACCUUUGUCGGGCUUUUAGACAAACUGCUUAAUUGGCUUUUCUAAAGUAGAAUUGUAGCAGUAAAAGCUAGUUUUGUGCUUUCAAGGUAGAGAGCAAUAUUUUAGAGCUGAAUGUAGGAACAAACCUAUAGCCAUUUUCAGCCAUCUCUGGUAUCGUUUUGGAGAUUCGAGGCAUUUCUUUCGGAGUUACCUGCACGAAAUAAAAGGGCAGGGUAUUUUAACCUUUUACUUGAUGACAUUGAGACAUUUUCAACCCCAAAUAUUUGUCUCUUCACUGCAGCUUGCUGCAGUUUGGGCACAGCUCUUUAAAGACUCCUGUGUGCACUCUGUCCAAUAGUCCAACAACUUGUUGGUUUCCUUUAGCAAGGCCGGUCCUUGGGGAUGCGCCACAUUACAAGAUUGUGUCCGAUUCUGUUUGUUUUGUUUUUUUGUGAAAAUAUUGUUUAAUAUUCGGUUUGGUGGUGUAUUAAUCAAGCCAGCUGUUGCAGUACCAUUAGCUAUGUAUGUUUGCAUGUACGUUGAUUUUAAUGCUUUGCCCUAUUUAUGAGCAUUUUUCACGCAUCUAGCAAAGGCCGCGUGGCGGAAGGGCACUUGGCAGCCAAAGCAAUUGUCUCAUCACGUGCAUGUUCCAUGGCAAGAGUUACAAUUUGUGAGGUCAGUGCUGAAGUGUGAGCAUCUGGCGCUCUUGUGUUUCCCGGUGGUAUGAUCACGCUCGCUGCCAUCUGGUACGAGGUGGUCUAGAGAUGAGCCUGAAAGCUGAACCUCUAAAAAAAGAAUUUUCUCUAAGUGCCCGGAUAAGGCAACUAUGUCACAAAAUAAACGUUCACAAAAAAAAAAAAAAAAAAAUGUUUCAGUACGAUAUCUACGUUGUGAGAUUAAUUUAGCUGAGUGGUUCCGAAACACGCUUCUACUUCUGGGUCAAUGUCUCAAAGCAGAAGCAGGUUUCAGAGUUGCUCCGAACUCAGAACACGUCUUGCGUCAUACCGUAUUUUCCGGACUAGAGCCCGUGCUCGAAGCAGGCCGCCUCGGUGGCUCCGAGGCGAGAGCGCCGGCCUACGGAUCCCCAGGUGGCGGGUUCGAAUCCCGACCGAGGUGCCCGCAAUAUGACGGAGGCUUAUUGUGGAGAAGGCGCUGUGUAACCGAGCUUUCGGUUGCACGUCAAAAGAUUCCCAGGUGGUUGAAAUUAAUCCUCAGUCCUCCGCUGGCACGUGCCAGAUGCCCGUUGUAGGUUUGGCACGUAAAACCCCCAAAUUUGACUUUUGACUUUUGUGCUCAAAGCAAACCAAAGAGAAGCACAUUUUAUUUGAAAAAAAAAAAAAGUCGGGAGAAGCAAAUUUUAGUUGAAAAAAGGUUUUUCCUUUGAUAAUUUGCACCUGUUGCAUAGUCCGUACCUUGUGCCUAGCCUGCACGUAAGAAAUGUUCAAACGUCAUGCCUUGACAAACGCCUGCUUUAUUAAGAAGCCUGUAUCAUACAUAACCGUUACUAACAUACUCUAGCAUUUACAAAAUCUGCCACAUCUCAUCACAGUGAAUGAUCGUGGAAAAGCCAAACCUUGUAUAGUCUGCACCGCAUAAAAUUUCAACUUUUAGACAUUUGCCAUUUUCCAAAAAAAUUUAAAUGUUCCGCAAAAACAAAUAUUUUUGAAGGGAAGUAAAUUUUUGUGCCAUGUCCUUUCCAGGCACUAAAAAAAUAUUUUUAAGGGUUCAGGGCUCCUUUAAGAGACAUCAAAUGAAGUUUUUACACAUCCGUUCAAUGCCGGAAUGCGUGAGGUCAUUUGUUUGAAUGUCGCCUAGAGGAUUCCCGACGUUUGCCCUGGAAUUUGUGAAGCUGGGCUUUCAGCAUUAUCAAUAAAGUAAGCAGGAUGUUGUGGUUCUUUGCCAGACAGCAGCGGGGUAGUGGCACACUCAACGCUUUGCCGUGUGGCAAAUUGACGAAAAA